AUGGAGAAGGGUGUGUUUGUUUCUUGUUCAGCAGGAAAUAUGGGCUUACGAACUGGAAGAUUAAACAAUGGGAAUCCAUGGGUCCUAACCGUCGCAGCAGGCUCAAUAGAUCGUUGGUUUGCUGGGAUCUUAACUUUGGGGAAUGGGUUAAUCGUCACUGGCUGGUCCAUGUUCCCUGCACGAGCCGUAGUGGAAAAUUUGCGGCUCGUUUACAACAAAACCAUAUCUGCUUGUAAUUCAACUGAGAUGUUGAACGGAGAGCCAAAUGAAAUCAUCAUAUGCGAUAACACUUGGGGAUUCAGGGAACAAAUAGCCAAUAUUGCUGCUUCACGUUUUCGUGCAGGUAUCUUCAUAUCUGACAAUCCUACCAUUUUUGAGUAUAAUUUUUUUCCUUAUCCUGGAGUAGUGAUUAGCUCGACGGACGGACAAAAGGUGAUCAAUUAUGCUUUAACUGCUGGUAUUUAUGAAGCUUCAGCUAGCAUUAAGUUCCAACAGACCUUUAUUGGCACAAAAACUGCACCGGUUGUUGCUUCGUACACUUCAAGAGGUCCUUCACCAAGCUAUCCGGGCAUCCUGAAGCCAGAUGUAAUGGCACCAGGGACAUUGGUCUUAGCCGCUUGGAGUCCGAAUGUUGUUGCAGCUCAAAUUGAUUCCAAUAUCUUUGUGGCUAGUGAUUUCAAUGUCAUCACAGGUACAUCCAUGGCUUGUCCUCAUGCGGCUGGCAUUGCCGCACUCCUCAAAGGUGUACACCCCAAAUGGAGUCCUGCAGCUAUUCGGUCCGCCAUCAUGACCACAGCAAAUCCAUUUGAUAAUACACAAAAUCCUAUCAAAGACAACGCCCUAGAUUUAGAAAUCGCUACACCUCUAGCCAUGGGAGCUGGUCAAGUUGAUCCAAACCGUGCGCUUGAUCCAGGUCUUAUAUAUGAUGUUACUCCACAAGACUAUGUUGAUCUCCUUUGCUCCUUGAAUUUCACUCAGAAUCAAAUCUUAACCAUCACCAGAUCAAACAGUUAUCCUUGCUUGACCUCAUCUUCUGAUCUGAACUAUCCAUCAUUUAUCGCUUUGUACACUUACGGAGCCAUGGGCAUAUUUGUCCAGAAAUUUCAACGGACUGUCACAAAUGUAGGGGAUGGUGCAGCAACCUAUAAGGCUGAGGUGACCGCGCCAAAAGGCUCUGUAGUCACAGUAUCACCAGACAAAAUGGUGUUUGGGAAGAAGUAUGAAAAACAGAGCUACUUUUUGACUAUCCAUUAUUCAGCUGACGAGAAUGGAACUAAUACAUUUGGUUCUAUAAUUUGGGUUGAAGAUAACGGUAAGCACAGAGUGAGGAGUCCUAUAGUUGUUUCGACUACUAUAGAAGUUUGGGGAUCUUGA